AAAGUUUGACUGAAGAAAAAGUGUGGACCGGUAAACUGAAUUUUUAAUGAAUCUAACGGAUUUAAGCAUUCCAUAUUCUGGGACUCCAUGGAUGGUUUCACGAAAUCAGCCAAGCCAUGUUUCUUUAAAAAGUACCAGUUCUAUGCUGGAUCCAAUUGAUUUGAAAAGGGAACCUCUCUAUUUAGUACGAAGGUAUCACAAGAACAAUAUUCCGGUCUCUACAGUACAGUCCAAUUCAGCCAUGGAGUGCCAACAAGACUAUAAAUCAAGACUGAAAUUAAAAUUUCAAUGCAUUCACAAUGAUAUGUCCAAACAAUCAGAUCCCACAUUCCUGAAUGACAUCUUCACAGAGCUUUACAUCACUGAAGGGGAAAGUGAGAAUGUCAACAAAGAACAUGAAGUGAGAAAGAUUGAGAUGGCAUUGAGGAGAAAAACCACAGUAGACAUUCCAGUCAAAUGCAAUGACAUUUUUAAACACUCACCUGAAAAAAACAGUCAAGUCAGACCCAUCAAAUGUGUGCUGACUAAGGGAGUUGCAGGCAUAGGGAAAACGGUCUCGGUGCAGAAAUUCAUACUGGACUGGGCCGAGAGCAACGCUAAUCAGGAUAUCGAGUUUGUGUACCCACUUCCGUUUCGAGAGCUGAACCUGAUGAAAGCAAAACAGUUUAGCUUGAUUGAGCUUCUCCAACACUUCAAAAUGGAAACAGGCUUUGGAGAUGGUCACAAAAAGCAAAAAGUUCUCUUUAUCUUUGACGGUCUAGAUGAAUGCCGCUUUCCAUUGGAUUUCCAGAACAACGCAAAGUUGAAUAACCCAACUCUGCCAGCCUCUAUUGACGUUUUGUUAACCAAUCUCAUCAAUAACACACUGCUUCCUGAUGCCCUCCUCUGGAUAACAUCUCGACCAGCAGCAGCCAGUCAAAUCCCUCUUGGGUAUAUCGACCUGGUGACUGAAGUUCGAGGGUUUACUGACCCGCAAAAAGAAGAAUACCUCAACAAGAAAAUCAAUGAUGAACACCUCUCUGGCCAUAUCAUUGCACACUUAAAGUCGUCAAGAAGUCUGUACAUCAUGUGUCAUAUACCAGUCUUCUGUUGGCUCUCCGUUACGGUGCUAGAGAGAAUGUUCAAUGAAGCGGAAGAUGGAGAAAUUCCCAAGACUCUCACUCAAAUGUACACACACUUUCUUCUCAUGCAAACCAAAGCGAAAAACAUGAGAUACACUAAAGGUUACAACCCAGGCCUGGAGGAUGAAGACAUGAUUUUAAAGCUGGGUAAACUAGCCUAUCAACAGCUAAAAAGGGGCAAUCUGAUAUUCUACGAGGAAGACCUGAUGGCUUGUGGGAUUGAUCUGGAGGAAGCCGUAGUGUACUCAGGAGUUUGCUCACAGAUCUUCAGAGAGGAGUCUGCAAUAACUGAGAACAAAGUGUACUGUUUCAUCCAUCUGAGCAUUCAGGAGUUUUUGGCAGCCAUGUAUGUGUAUGUCAUGUUUAAGGUCCACCACAACAACAUUCUUGAUCAUGAAGUGCAUCAAGAGGCCACCUUGUUUGAGUUGCAUAAGUGUGCCAUUGACCAGGCCCUACAGAGUGAGAAUGGACACUUGGAUCUUUUCCUUCGCUUCCUUCUGGGUCUUUCAUUGGAGUCCAAUCUGACCCUUUUACAAGGCGUGCUCUCUCAAUCUGGUAGCAGAGCCUAUCAGAGCAUUGAGGAAACAGUUGAAUAUAUCAAGAGGAUGAUAGAGGAGACAUCCUUGCCAGAAAAGUCCAUAAAUCUGUUCUACUGUCUCAAUGAACUGAAUGAACUCUCUCUGGUCAAGGAGGUCCAGCGCUUCCUGAACUCUGGGCAUUUUUCUAAACUCUCCCCUGCACAGUGGUCUGCCUUAGUUUUUGUGUUAUUGACAUCAGAAGAGAAAUUGGAUGUGUUUGACUUGAAGAAGUACAUCAGAUCAGAUGAAGGCCUUACCAGAUUGUUGCCAGUUGUCAAAGCUUCAGAAUCAGCUCUACUGGGUAAUUGUGGACUUACAAUGAGAUGCUGUAGAGCUCUUGCCUCCACUGUUGGUUCCAGCUCUUCAAAUGUACGAGUGCUAGAUCUGUGCAAUAACUCCAUUGGAGACAAAGGACUGGAGCUUCUGACAGCCGGACUGGAAAACACACUGUGCAAUUUACAGGAACUGAGGCUCUCAUACUGCAGAAUCACCACACGCGGCUGCUCGGUUCUGGAAUCAGGACUGCUCCCAAAUCUCCCAAACCUUAGGGUGCUGGACCUGAGUGAAAACAGUCUGAGACAAGCAGGAAUUAAGAUCUUGGCCAAUUACCUGAGGAAUCAGCACUGUAAAUUUGAGAAACUGAGGCUCAAGGAUUGCAGAGUUACACCUGAAGGCAUCUUUGCAAUAGCCUCCGCUCUACAGUCCAACCCAUCUCACUUAAGAGAGCUCGACCUGCACUGGAAUAACCCAGGAGAUGAUGGAGUGGAGAAGCUUUCAGCUGUAAUACAACAUCCUCUUUCCCGGCUUGAAACUCUUUGGUUAAGUUACGGCUUGCUCACUGUGAAAUCCUGUCAGUCUUUGGCUUCAGCUCUGAGCUCCAGCUUCUCAACCCUUAAAGCUUUAGACCUGAGCGGCAACGCAAUAUAUGAUGAAGCAGUUCAAAUGCUCUCAAAUGGACUUGGAAGCCCUCAUUGUAAAAUAGAGAUUUUGAGGUUGGCAUUGUGUGAGAUCACAGAGGUGGGUGUUGCUGAUUUGGCCUCAGCCCUCGUUUCUAACCCGGGUCCUCUGAGAGAGCUGGACUUGAGACAGAACCAAAUAAAGGAUUUAGGUGUAUCAAGACUUGCUGAAGUAGUGAAGAACUCCAACUGUAGGCUGGAGACGUUACGUUUAGGAGACUGUGGGGUCACAAAGGAAGGUUGUGCUGUCCUCGCUGCUGCUCUAAACUCAAACCCCUCUCAUCUGAUGGAGCUGGACCUGAGCAAUAAUGAGCUCACAGACGCAGGGAUGAGGCUCCUUUCUCCUGUCCUGAGGAAUCACAGCGGCAACAUUGUGAAAUUAGAUUUGAGCCAGUGUGGUUUAACUGUGGACUGCUGUGAUUCACUGGCUGCAACUCUUGUAGAAAAAUCCUCGAGUCUUAGAGAACUGAAUUUGGGAGUAAAUAAUCUACAAGAUCUGGGAAUUACAAUCCUUUGUGCUGGAUUGGAAAAUCCACAUUGUCCGCUGGACACUUUGAGGUUAUCCAACUGUGGGAUCACAGGGGAAGGUUGCACUAUUUUAGCCUCUACACUGAGAUCUAAGCACUCACUUUUAAGAGAGCUGGACCUGAGUGAAAACAAUCUCACAGAUUCAGCCGUGAGGCCGCUAUCUGUUCUACUGGACGAUCCAGACAGUAAACUAGAGAAACUCAUCUUGUAUUAACUUCAGUCCUGUGUGUAUCACAGAACACAUCAAUAUUUGAUGAAAGUUGCAGAAUACUGCCAUACCUCACCACCGAUGACAGCACUUCUUAUUGUUAGUCAAUAUGACAUGUUCAGAUGUAUUAUUUUUUAAAUCCGUUAUUUAUAUUGUUCAUAUAUACAUGUAUAUAUAUACUACACUAUUAUGCUAGUAUGAAAUACUGAGCAGAAAUCGGCAUUGUUUCAUAAAAUGUUGUCUACACACAUCAUUGAUAUUUAUGAAU